GAGCCAGACAAGAGUAGCCAACAGAGGACUCUACGCGGUAGUGGUCUCUCGCUUCCUCUCUGACAGGGACACAGCAGCUGAAUUUCGCCAGGAAGCAAGAUGGCUGGCAUAUGCUCAGUGGCUGGACUGCUGCUCCUCAUUACCAUCCAGAGCAGCUGGCAGCGCCCCCUGCAGGACACAGACGACAGCCCCAGCUACCUGACAGAGGACACAAUGUUAAACGAAGCAAAGGAGCUUACAGCUGCAAAGAGACACUCGCAAGGCACAUUCACUAACGAUUACAGUAAAUAUCUGGAGACAAAACGAGCGCAAGACUUCGUUCAGUGGUUGAUGAACUCCAAAACGAAUGGUGGUCCUGCGAGACGGCACACUGACGGCACCUACACCAGCGAUUUCAGCUCAUACCUGCAGGACCUGGCUGCUAAAGAAUUUGUCUCAUGGCUGAAAUCAGGACAAGGCAGAAGACAUUUUGCAGAGGAAUGGAGCCAGGUUGAUGCAAAGCAGAGAAGACACGUAGAUGGGAGCUUCACCAGUGAUCUACACAAGAUUCUAGACAGCAUUGCUGCUAAGGAAUACAUACUAUGGGUCAUGAAUUCUAAGCCUUCAGAUGCAAGUGCCCCCAAAAAUGGGUAUAAGUGAAAGAAGAUGCACUAUUCCUUGUUUAAGAGAACCUGUAUUUUACCUGA